AUGACUUCGGAAUCUACUCCGGGACAAGCGAUCGUAACAGCAAUCCUUGCUUCUCAGCUCCUGUCUGUACCAUUCACCUGCUCGUUAACACUACUGGUUUCAAUUUUCGCCUGGCGUUACAUCUCCAAGACCUGCGCACGUGUCAUUCCCAAGUCAGGAUAUUUCGAAUACCAUUCUGCGAAUCGAAGGCCAGCUAGGACGGAGUUGGCGAGAGCAGGCGCUGGUUUGGUAACUUCAAUAUGUGUUGUCUUAGCUAGUAUAGAGUUGUUGCAUGUAUACCAGGCCGCCGUGUUACAUCCUCGGGAUCUCAGCUAUUUUCAAAAAACUCCUUGGACUUUCGCAUUGAUUCCCCUCUUAACUGCCAUGAUCAGCGCCACAAGUCACCUAUAUUUCUCUGAUAAGGCAUGCCGAAAUCAUCUCGACUUGAAGUAUAUUACGGUCUUGGGCCUAUUAGGUAUAAUAAGUCUCAUAGGAGGUGUAUCUUCAAGCAUCGCCAUGGUCGUUCGUCUCUCUCAAAGCUCAGACAGCCACGGGGCGUCUAUAUCAGAAAAGCUUUUUAGGGCGUAUCUGACCACGUCAACCAUUUCAAGUGGUUUGAUCAGUUUUCUUCUGGUUGGCUCAUACAUGAAGCAAAGGCAAAUCAUCAAGAGCGAGUCGCUGAGGAACGCCGCGGUAAAAUUUGAACGCUUCACGAUCACUUCGGUAAUCGACUUCUUCAUGUCUAGUUACACACUGGUCUUCAUGGUGGAAAUAAGCUGUUUUUUUUGUGCUUGCGCUUCAUUCUCUCCGAACUUCACUGUGGCUCUUCAAGCAAGUCAGGCUUUCUUCUUUUUACAAAGGCUUACAACUUGCUUCAUGUCGCUAUCCCUGGUGUACGCUCUUCUUGCCGAGACUUCGACCGUUCUGAACCAGAAUCGCUCUGCAAACGUCACAUUUGAAAAAGUACAUGAUUCUGACCCUGAAUAUGGUCGUACACAGAACAUUAUCAAGCAAGAUACAGCACCUCGCCGACCCAACAGGCCGAGCGAAGUAGAUGUGCAAGAUAUAGGCAGAUUUGAUCUAUCAACAUACAAUAGCUCUGAGCAUAAACCACUAUCAUCAUCAGAAGAGGAAGAGUUUGAUGAACUUUUUGCCGAUACAUUUCCCUCGGAAGUUGCUCCAGUGACUGGAGAACACACAGUGGCACAUACUUCGUGGCCAAUGGUGACCAGAAUUUCUGCGUCCUUGUCUCUACCUGAAAAAGCGCUAUGCGAAUUUACCGCAUUGCCAGGCCGAAGUUCUUCGCUCCAGCUGAUACAAAAAAAAGAGCCCACUCUCUCCCCUAUGCGAAGCCUUCAGCUGAUGUCGGAUACUGUCAAGCCAGCCCCGGUAGUCAAUCGAAGAUCAAAGAAGUCCUCCAGCAAGUCGAAAAAUCGCCAAAGCCAACUCAAAUACAUCAUCAGCUCACCCAUUGCACGAAAUAAUAAAGAUUCACACAGCAAACUACCAGAGGAAAGCUUAACACUUUUUUAA